AUGAUUGUGUCGACCUCGUUGUCCCCAGACUGGCAGGGUAAGCCCGCUCACUCUGGCAGCCUGGGAUGUUCGUUCCCUUUUAGACAAUCCGAGGAGCAACCGACCGGAACGGGGGACGGCGCUAGUGGCACAAGAACUCGCCCGCUACAAGGUGGAUAUCGCCGCACUCAGCGAGACCCGAUUCUCCGAACAAGGCCAACUGGAGUAGGUGGGUGCCGGUUACACCUUCUUCUGGAGUGGUCGGCCCAGGCCAGAGGGACGAGACGCGGGUGUCGCCUUCGCCAUCCGGAACGACAUCGUGCGACGACGGCCCAGUCUGCGGCAGGGCAUCAACGAUCGCCUGAUGAGCCUCCGCCUGCCUCUCCGGCGAGGAGGCAAGUUCGCCACCAUCAUCAGCGCCUACGCUCCGACGAUGACCAACCCCGACGCCGUCAGAGACAAAUUCUACGAGGACCUGCACGCCCUCUUGGCGACUGUGUCGAAGGCGGACAAGUUGAUUGUCCUUGGCGACUUCAACGUCCGCGUCGGCACAGACCAUACUGCCUGGAGAGGAGUGCUGGGUCCCCAGGGUCUCCGCGGCUCCAACGACAAUGGUCUGCUACUUCUCCGCACCUGCGCAGAACACCGCCUCAUCCUGACGAACACGUUAUUCUGUAUGCCGGAACGAGAGAAGUCCACCUGGAGGCAUCCUCGGUCGCGUCAGUGGCACCUGCUGGACUAUGUCCUCGUCCGGAGGCGAGAUCAGCGGGACGUGCUGGUGACGAAGGCGAUCGCGGGUGCUGACGGGUGGACCGAUUGUCGCCUCGUCAUAUCGAAGAUGCGUAUUCGCCUACAGCCUCGCAGGAGACCACAAGGUAAGCGACCCCCAGGUAAGCUGAAUGUUGCCUUUUUGUCUUUGCCCGCUCACCAUCUUCAUUUCAGCAAUGAGCUAGCUCAACGGCUAGACAACCUUCCUAUCGCUGCCGACGCUGCCGCUGCCGAGAACGCCUCCGUGGAGAAUCGCUGGUGUCAACUGCGAGACACGGUCCAGUCGACGGCACUCGCCGUCCUCGGUCGUGCUCCCCGCCAACAUCAGGACUGGUUCGACGACAACGACACCGCCAUCAGAAAUCUGCUUUCUGAGAAGAACCGCCUACACAAAGCCUACGUAGAUCGCCCCACUGAUGCCACCAAAGCUGCCUUCUACCGCAGUCGCAGCCAACUUCAGCAACGACUGCGCGAGAUGCAGGACGCCUGGACUGCUCGCAAAGCUGAGUAGAUCCAAGGCUACGCGGACCGCAACGAAUGGAAGAACUUCUUCUCUGCGAUCAAAGCUGUCUACGGUUCGGCGACGAAGGGCACUGCUACUCUCCUCAGCGCCGACGGCAGUACUCUCCUGACUGAGAAGACACAAAUUCUACAGCGAUGGGCCGAACAUUUCCGAGGCGUCCUCAACCGCCCUUCUGCCAUCUCUGACGCCGCCAUCGAGCGUUUGCCGCAAGUGGAGACCAACGUGGACCUCGACCUGCCGCCAUCUCUCCAGGAGACCAUCAGAGCCGUGCAGCAGCUCUCCAGCGGGAAACCACCCGGAUCGGACGCAAUCCCUGCCGAGGUCUACAAGCACGGAGGUCCCCUACUGAUGGAUCACCUGACUGCGCUCUUCCAGGAGAUGUGGCGUCAAGGCGAAUUCCCGCAAGAUUUCAAGGACGCAACCAUGGUGCAUCUCUACAAGCGCAAAGGGAAUCACCAAGUCUGCGACAAUCACCGCGGCAUCUCCCUACUGAACAUCGCCGGGAAGAUCUUCGCACGAAUCCUCCUCAACCGUCUCAAUAACCAUCUCGAACAGGGCCUUCUGCCUGAAAGCCAAUGCGGCUUUCGUCGUCAUCGUGGGACCACGGAUAUGAUCUUCGCCGCCGUCAACUUCAGGAGAAGUGCCAGGAGAUGCGGACCCACCUGUACUCUACCUUCGUGGACCUGA